GGCGUUUUUUUCUUUGAAGAAAAUGGAUAAUAAAUGAACUGACCGAUUCCACCUCACAUUGCUUUUAGUCCUUCAUGCUGGAUGCACCUACACUGUGGACAAUGAAGCGUGAGAGGAAAAGAAACGCACCAUAGAUCAAAGCGGCGCCAGCCAGGGAUGACUCGGCGACGCGGCUGGCCGCGUUACCCGGCGUGCUCCGCGCGGCGUCGGCGAGGGACGUGGGGGGAGGGGCAGGGAGGAGGAAGCGACGGCGGCUGCGGAUGUCGCUGCGAAGCAGCGGCUCCUGAACACACGGCGGCUGCCCAGCGCCCAACUUGGGCCUGCGCCGGAGCCCACGCCGAGCUCCGCGGCCCCUCAUCCGCUAGGGCGGCCCCGCGCCCAUUGCUUCUGAGGCGGCGCGCCCUGCAUUUCCCGCGGCCUGAGCCUGCCGGCUUCGGUGUCUGCUGGCUUCUCGCUCGCUUGCUCCCUCUUGCUCUCCUGAGUCACUGCCGCUGCCGCCAUGGCCGAGAGUGGUGAAAGCGGCGGCCCUCCAGGCCCCCAGGACAGCGCCGCCGCGGCCGAAGGUGCUGGCAUCCCCGCGGCCGCUAACUCUGCGGAGCCUAAGAUCAUGAAAGUCACCGUGAAGACUCCGAAGGAGAAGGAAGAAUUCGCUGUGCCUGAGAAUAGCUCCGUCCAGCAGUUCAAGGAAGAAAUCUCUAAACGUUUCAAAUCACAUACUGACCAACUUGUUUUGAUAUUUGCUGGGAAAAUUUUAAAAGAUCAAGAUACUUUGAGUCAGCAUGGAAUUCAUGAUGGACUUACAGUUCACCUUGUCAUCAAAACACAAAACAGGCCUCAGGAUCAUUCAGCUCAGCAAACAAAUACCACUGGAAGCAGUGUUACCACAUCAUCAACUCCUAGUAGUAACUCCACAUCUGGUUCUACUACUAGCAACCCUUUUGGUUUAGGUGGUCUUGGAGGACUUGCAGGUCUGAGUAGCCUGGGUUUGAAUACUACCAACUUCUCUGAGCUACAGAGCCAGAUGCAGCGACAGCUUUUGUCGAACCCAGAAAUGAUGGUUCAGAUCAUGGAAAAUCCCUUUGUUCAGAGCAUGCUCUCAAAUCCAGACCUGAUGAGACAGUUAAUUAUGGCCAAUCCACAGAUGCAGCAGUUGAUACAGCGAAAUCCAGAAAUCAGUCAUAUGCUCAACAAUCCUGAUAUAAUGAGACAAACAUUGGAACUUGCCAGGAAUCCAGCAAUGAUGCAAGAAAUGAUGAGAAACCAGGACCGAGCCUUGAGCAACUUAGAAAGCAUCCCAGGGGGAUAUAAUGCUUUAAGGCGCAUGUAUACAGAUAUUCAGGAACCAAUGCUGAGUGCUGCCCAAGAACAGUUUGGUGGUAAUCCAUUUGCUUCUUUAGUGAGCAAUACAUCCUCAGGUGAAGGUAGUCAACCUUCCCGUACAGAAAAUAGAGAUCCAUUACCCAAUCCAUGGGCUCCACCGGCUUCCCAAAGUUCACCAGCUUCCAGCGGCACCACCAGCACUGUGGGUGGCACUGCUGGUAGUGCUGCCAGUGGCACUGCUGGGCAGAGUACUGCUGCACCAAAUUUGGUGCCUGGAUUAGGAGCUAGUAUGUUCAACACACCGGGAAUGCAGAGCUUGUUGCAACAAAUAACUGAAAAUCCUCAACUUAUGCAAAACAUGUUGUCUGCCCCCUACAUGAGAAGCAUGAUGCAGUCACUAAGCCAGAAUCCUGACCUUGCUGCCCAGAUGAUGCUGAAUAAUCCCCUAUUUGCUGGAAAUCCUCAGCUUCAAGAACAAAUGAGACAACAGCUCCCAACUUUCCUCCAACAAAUGCAGAAUCCUGAUACACUCUCAGCAAUGUCAAACCCUAGAGCAAUGCAGGCUUUGUUACAGAUUCAGCAGGGUUUGCAGACAUUAGCUACGGAAGCUCCCGGCCUCAUCCCAGGGUUUACUCCUGGCCUUGGGGCAUUAGGAAGCACUGGAGGCUCUUCAGGAACCAAUGGUUCUAACCCUACACCUAGUGAAAGCACGAACCCCACAGCAGGAACCACUGAACCUGGACACCAGCAAUUUAUUCAACAGAUGCUACAGGCGCUUGCUGGCGUAAAUCCUCAGCUACAGAAUCCAGAAGUCAGAUUUCAGCAACAACUGGAACAACUCAGUGCAAUGGGAUUUUUGAACCGUGAGGCAAACUUGCAAGCGCUAAUAGCAACAGGAGGUGAUAUCAAUGCAGCUAUUGAAAGGUUACUGGGCUCCCAGCCAUCAUAGCAGCAUUUCUGUAUCUUGAAAAAAAUGUAAUUUAUUUUUGAUAACGGCUCUUAAAACUUUCAGAUACCUGCUUUAUUUCAUUUUGACUCUUGGAAUUCUGUCUGUUAUAAACAAACCCAAUAUGAUGCAUUUUAAGGUGGAGUGCAGUAAGAUGUGUGGGUUUUUCUGUGUUUUUCUUUUCUGGAACAGUGGGAAUCAAUGCUUUUUCAUUUAAGGCUAUUGCAUGCAUCAAACACUUCUGCAUUUAUUGUAAUUUUUUAAAAACAUCACCUUUUAUAGUUGGGUGAACAGAUUUUUUUUCCCUGCAUCUGUCCAAUUUAUUUGCUUUUUAAACAUUAGCCUGUGGUAGUAAUUUAUGUAGAAUAAAAGCAUUAAAAAGAAGCAAAUCAUUUGCGCUCUAUAAUUUGUGGUACAAUAUUGCUUAUUGUGACUUUGGCAUGUAUUUUUGCAAACAAAAUGCUGUAAGAUUUAUACUACUGACAAUUUUGGCUUUAUUUGUAUACAAUAUAGAGUAUGCACAUUUGGGACUACAUUUCUAGAAUCAUACUGCUAUAGGUUAUCUGAGAAAAACACCUGUAACCAAAAAAGUAAAGAUAAGGGAAUACUCCUAAAGUGGAGUAUUUUCUAAUUAUGUAAAAUCUUAUAGCAUCUUUGAUACACAUCUCCAGCAGAAGUAUUGAUUAGUCAGGUUUUUUAAAAAAAUACAGUAGAAAAGCUGAUUCUGGUUAUCUCUUUAAGAACACAUUAAAUUGUAUAGACAACAUAAUGUAACAUUGUCACAACAUUCACAGAUUGACUUGUAAAUUACCUUAAUCUUUGUGCAGACUGAAGGAACACUAUAGUAUACCCAAAAGUGCAUUUGCCUAGGACUUCUCAGCUUCUCCCAUAGAUAGUUUAACAGGCAUUACAAUUUGUAAUUGAAAUGUUGCUUUCACUGAAAGUGUCUUGAUGUUUCAGUUGUUUUUAAUUGCCAUAUAAAAAUAGAACUAUUUUUUGGGUUUAUCUGUUUUCUCAUGCACAGGGAGUACAUGGAUUUUAAAUGAUUUGUGAGCCACUUGUUUCUGAAGUGUUUUGGUAGUUCUUCUAAGAAAUAGUUAAAUAUUGUGCUUUCAGAGCCUCAGAGAAGGGAAACGGGGGUGGGGCAGCAGAAUCUAUCCUGGAUUAGGCCAGUUUUAAAUAAUACUGGCAAUUAAGAUUCUGUUAGGAUUUCUGUGCAUAUAGUGUAGUAAAGAAGUAUCUUUCAGGGGUGAAAAAGAAAGCUGUUUUAACAAUGUUGAGUACAUUUGGCUGUUCUACAGCUUUUUCUUCCCUCCCCAAAGAAGUUCUGUUUGCUUAACUCUCAAACUGUUGGGGUGGUACAUUCCUUUAAGACCAAUUAAAACAUAAUUUAGGGGUCAGUAAUAUACUUGGCUGACUCUGGUUCAGUAUUCUCUUAGGUCAUUAUAUUCUCUCGUGUACAGUUACAGAAAAUUAGAAUGUUAAAGUAAUCUAAAAUGAGUUCAGACCAAUAAAAUCAAGGGAAAAUACAAGUUGAAUUCCAUAACUUCUACAAGUUGCUUGCUAUUAAAAAGGGUCAAGAGUUCAGGUUGCCUACCAGUCCAUGCACUGUUCUGACACUUUUCCCUAGGAGGAAAAUUUGUACAAAGGUUAGGAUGGAGGCAUAACUAAAGGAGAUUAUUAAGGAUGAUAUUUAUGUGUCUUUGCUCUUUCUGCCUUAUGCCUCGGUCUGGUUUAAAAACUUUUGUACUAGUAAGUGAUGGUAUACGGUGUGGGAUAGUGUCAUAACCAAUUUGACGGUUUAUUAAUCACAAAAUAAAAAUAAAUCUCUAGCUUUUACACUU